AUGGUGGUUUCUGUUGGUGGGAAAGGGGGUGUCGACAUCCCAAAUGGCCUAUUUGGUGUUAGGCUUGGCUGCUCAUUGUUGAAGGAUAGGUUCAUGGAGGAUCUAUUUUCGCAAGUUCAGUUCAGUCCAGUUUUUUGCCCCCAAAACGCGCAACUGUGGACCGAAACUGGUCUAGGUCCGACCCAGAUAUUGAGAGAACCAACCAAACCACCUAGGACUGGUCUUUUGCAGUCUAUGGAACUGAUUCAGACCGAUCUAGACCGGUUUUUUUGGGUAUAAUUUAUUAUACAAAUAUAAACCAUUCGUACCUCAACUAUUAUUACUCUGAAAAAUAAAUGGGUUAUAUACCAUAGUAAAGCAUGUAAAUGCCCGUCAUUCUACCAAUUUCUAAGAGAUUUAAUGAAGAUUUGACAUA